AAUUAGUAAAUUGUUUUAGCUAAAGCUAUUAUCAUAUCACUAACCACCGCACAGACAUUUAAUUUUAUUAAAGAAAGAGUUUAGAUAAGAUAAACAAUCUAAUUUUGCUGUUUUACUUAUUAGUCUUGCAUCAGUUAUACUUUUCAUGCAUUUGUUUUUGAUAACAAUCGUAAAACAAAACUGCACUAUUUCACUCCACUACAUUUGCAUAUGUAAAUAUAAACAAUGGACAUCAGUAGUCUUUUAAAUAUUGAAAAACUAGUUCCAAGGAAUUAUCUUAACCUAGCAACUGCUUCGAGUAGGUGUUCCGAGCAAUCUCGACGAAUUCUACUAGAAACGCGUAAACUUCCUGAAAAAGGAUGGAGCGAACCUGCCAUCGAGAGUUUUAUUCAAUACCUAGCUUCACUAGACAGCAACAACUUUGUCAGUAAAGCAGGACUAGGCGAAAGAGAAGCUCGUAUUGCGUGUAGUCUUGUGGCUAAACGACACUAUAACUUUGGCCAUGGAGUGGGACGAUCGGGCGAUCUUCUUGAACCUCAACCAAAAGCUGCAGGAUCCACACUUAUGUCUAACCUCACAAAUAGCUUACUCCUUGAUCUUAUACAUUGUUUAGGUGUUAGGAGCACACAAUUUUGUUUCCUGUGUCCAAUGGCCACAGGUAUGACGCUUAAUCUAUGUCUUCUCACCUUGAAGAAACAAAACCCUAAUGCAAAGUAUGUUUUGUGGUCUCGAAUCGAUCAGAAGUCCUGUUUUAAAUGUAUAACUGCAGCAGGAAUGCAACCUGUCAUAAUAGAUGUUAUCAACGGACCUAAAGGUCUCCAAACAAAUUUAAAAGCAUUCGAAAAUGAAAUUCUUAAGCUUGGUUCUAAGAAUAUUCUAUGCAUCUUCUCGACUACUAGCUGCUUUGCACCUCGAAACUGUGAUAACAUACUAGAGCUUGCCAAAUUAUGUAAAAAGUCAAAUAUUCCGCAUUUAAUUAACAAUGCAUAUGGUCUACAGAGCACAUACCUUACCCAUCAACUAGAACAAGGCUACAAGGCUGGACGCAUCGAUUUGUUUGUCCAGAGUACUGAUAAGAAUUUAUUGGUUCCAGUUGGUGGUGCAAUUGUAGCUGGAUUCAAUGAAGAAGUAGUACGUGCAGUUGCUAAAACAUACGCAGGGAGAGCAUCAUCUACUCCAACAAUAGAUGUACUCAUGACAUUGUUGUAUCUUGGUAAAUCGGGUUAUUUGGAUUACAGAACUAAUCGUUUGACUUGUUUUGAGUAUUUACGCUCGAGGAUGAUUGAAUUUGCCUAUACUCACAAUGAGAGCAUGCUCCUCACCAAAGAAAAUCCUAUUUCUCUAGCAAUGACAUUGAAUACAUUUCGCUCUUCAGAGAAUCUGUCGAAAUUUGGAUCAAUGCUCUAUACCAGAGGUAUUUCAGGUGUACGUGUUAUUACUAGUCUUGAGGUGAAAUCAAUUGAUGGCUAUAAUUUUCUCGGAUGGGGAAGCCAUUUUUCCAAAGCAGAUGCACCACACAUCACAGUUGCUGCAGCAUUGGGUGUUACGAAGAAUGAAAUUGAUACUUUUAUGAAAAAGCUAAAUGAAUGCUGGGUAAAGUUUUCUUCUGCUCUUAAAUAAUAUACAGUAAAACAAAAAAUAAAAACAUUUGUACUUGAUAGUUUCUAUUAAAAAGAUACAAAGAAAAACAUAA